AUGACCGCCCCCCAAAAGCACCAGCCGCAGGAGCUGGCGUCCGAGCAGAUCGAGGCCCGGGGCAACCACAGGAAGGCCACGAACAUGGGCAUCUUCCCGGUCAGGCACACGCCUCACCCGCGAAGGGUCUGCCACAUCAAAGGUCUGAACAACAUCCCCAUCUGUGCUGUGAAUGACGACGUGUACAGGACCUGGAGCUACAGGCAGCUCUGUGACCUAGAGGAAGACGAGAACCCACCUGCCAAGCUCAGCGCGCCAAGCCCCGUGGCCCCGCCAAGCCCUGGCAGGGGGUCAUCCCCAGCCCCAGAUGGCCCGAGGGUGCCCCCACGGCCCCAUUCCGCUCCCUGUAAAAAAGUCCAGGAGUGCUUCAGAACUUGCGCUGAGAAUCCCUCGGUAAAGAAAAAGGAGGAAAGUAAGGUCCAACAUAGUCUGUCGCCUCCCAAGGCAAGCUCCACCGCUGGGUCCUGCUCUUCAGAAGUGCUGAGCACCAAGGCAGCCGCCAGACAGAACACUUUCUGCAUACCCAACUAUCUGGAUCAGGAAAUCAAAAUCCUGGCAAAGCUCUGUGGCAUUUUACACACAGAUUCUCUGGCAGAUGUCAUACAGUGGCUGCUUCAUGCAAGUCCGAAAGAGAAAGAGUGGAUCUCGGCUCUGAUCCACGCUGAGCUGUCCGAGAUAAAUUUGCUGACUCAUCUCCGAAGAAAUGCCUCAGCUGGCAGAGCGGCACAGAACGGGAUACCACCCACAGCUAAGGCACCCCCAAAUUCACUGGCAAAAGCAUCAACUUGUGAAUCUGAAGAGGAUAAGGAAGCAUCAAAAGAGGCUGGGCACAAGACUCCAUUGUUUAUAAGAAGAAAUAAUGUAAAAAUUCCAGUUAUAGAAUAUUUCAGCAAACCAGUGUCUCUUCUCAGGCCUAAAACUCAAGAGAGCACAUCAGGAAAAUCAGCAGCAUCAAGGAAUACACAGCAAGGACAAAAUCUUUCUCCUCAAAGAGCAUUUAAUUCUGUAACAUACCAAAGGUAG